GUCACAUGCGCGUCCGUCUUGCCGAGCACGUUAAGGAGAACCAUGCCGAAGUCGAAGAGAGACAAGAAAAUUUCCUUAACCAAAACAGCAAAGAAAGGUCUGGAAUCCAAGCAGAGCCUCAUCGAAGAGCUGCGGAAAUGUGUGGACACGUACAAGAAUUUGUUCAUAUUUUCUGUGGCCAACAUGAGGAACAACAAACUGAAAGACAUCAGGACGGCGUGGAAACACAGCAGGUUUUUCUUUGGCAAAAACAAGGUCAUGAUUGUGGCCCUCGGAAAAGGUCAAACAGACGAAUACAAAGAUAAUUUACACAAGGUCAGCAAACAUCUUCGAGGAGAAGUCGGGGUCUUAUUCACAAAUAAAACCAAGGACGAAGUACAAGAGUAUUUCAGUCAUUUCAAAGAGCUGGAUUAUGCACGGGCGGGUAACCAGGCGCAAAUGGACGUAAUGCUGGAUGAGGGUCCCCUGGAGCAGUUCCCCCACUCCAUGGAGCCCCAGCUGAGGCAGUUAGGACUUCCCACCGCGCUCAAGAAGGGAGUCGUGACGCUACUUAAAGAUCACAAGGUUUGUAAGGAGGGGGACACGCUGACUCCAGAACAGGCCCGUAUUCUGAAACUAUUUGGCUUCGAGAUGGCCGAGUUCAAAUUGCAGAUCAAGUGCAUGUGGAAUUCGGAAACGGGCGAGUUUGAGAACAUCGUCGACGAGGAAGAGUCCAUACACAUUGAUCAAGAUGAAGAGGAGGAAGAUGCGGAAUGAAACUUGAGAUUCUGAGACUCUACAUGUUUUUAACUAAUAUCAGAAAUCAGAAACUUUAUUUGUCGUUUCCCCCGGCCCAGUCCAGGAUCAUCCAUCAGCCCUCGACAGAAACAAAGCGAUUACCGACUUCAUCUUCCGUCACCUGUCCGUCUUGGGAGAGAGAUCCUCCUCUGUGGCUCUCCCUGAGGUUUCUUCCUAGUUUUUCUCCCAGGUAAAGGUUUUUUUUAGGGAGGUGUUCCUUAUCCGAUGAGAGGGUCUAUGGACAGGAUGUUGUGUUGCUGUAAAGCCCCUUGAGGCAAAUUUGUAGUUUGUGAUAUUGGGCUAUACAAGUAAAAUUGACUUGACCUGACAUUCUCGACCUGGAGACAUUAAGUUCAUGUUGGUAUCCACUCGACAGCCCACGUGGCGCUGUGCAGUCUGAUGAUGUGUGUUUUUUAUUUUAUCUGAAAGCAUUUACUCAACAUCUGUCCUUUGGAUUCUAAUGCUGGCCAGGAUGUU